AUGAACAAGAAAUUUACAUUUGAACAAAAGCAGUAUAUUUUAAAAUUAGGACCUUGCCAACCAAGUGCUCAAGAGAUGCCUUUCUAUAAAUUUCCAAAAACCAAUAACCUUAGUUUUCAUGCCAAAUGGUAUACCAAAACAUUACCCGAUGGAUCUGUAGGAACUCAGCCAAGAUUAGAAGGAUUGAUGCGCAUAGCAUGUGAACAAGAUAUACCAAUAGACAAAGAAAAUGUAAUAAAUACAUUCGCAAAUAACAGUAAUCAAUUAAUGAAUUUGUUAAUUUAG